CUCACGAUGAUUAUAGAAAAUGUGGACGCCCUCAAGUCGUGGCUGGCAAAACUCCUGGAGCCAAUAUGUGAUGCGGACCCCUCUGCGUUAGCCAAUUAUGUUGUAGCUCUGGUGAAGAAGGACAAACCGGAGAAGGAGCUCAAAGCACUAUGUGCCGAUCAGCUCGACGUCUUCCUACAAAAAGAAACUGUAGGCUUUGUGGAUAAACUUUUUGAAUGUCUGACGAGCAAGAAUUACCAGGGGAACCCUGUUGCUAAGGAAGUUCCAAAAGAAGUAGUCAACCUUCCUCCACUCAAAUCCGAUGCGGUUGAGGUUGAGGCUCAAGAGGAGGAGAGAGAAAACAGGCGGAGAAGAAGUCCUUUGCGGAACCGGUCUGACUUCAACGAAUCCAGAAGUCGCGACGACAGAAGGCGGGACGAGCGCAAGAGGCGAGACUUUGAUCGGCACGGCAAGAGCAGUAGCGGCGAGUCCUACCGCGAGCGGGAGCGUCACGAGCGGCGCAGGGGGAGCUCCCGCGGGAGGAGCAACAGCCGAAGCCGGAGCAGGAGCGGCAGCCGUGGGAAAAGCAGGGGAAGAGACUUUAAGUCAAAGUUCGAGGGGGAGAGGAAAGACACAGACGGCUAUAACUCGUCCACCACGGGCAGGCCCCAGCAUCCUCCGCUCCGAACAUCGCCGUUACUGCCCACUCCCUUGCAUCCACUCUCAUCCGCCGCCGGCGGACCGGGAACCGGCGGGGUACCCUUGGCGACGCACGCGCCCAUGCCCGACGGCACCACAGACAGCUGGUCGGGCUACUACGGCAAACAGAGGCAAGACGGCGUCGGCAAGGCGUUCAGCAAUAAGAACCCUUCACGCAAGCAGCGCUGCAGGGAUUAUGACGAAAAAGGAUUUUGCGUCCGCGGCGACCUCUGCCCGUUUGAUCACGGCAACGACCCGCUCAUCGUAGAUGAUGUCAAUCUUCCCAACAUUAUUCCUUUCCCACCGCCACCCGUGAUACCCCCCGGCGGCCUACCCAUGCCGCCGCUCAUCACCGAGCCGCCACCCUCACUCAGGAUACCGCCGCCGCCGAUGCCACCUUACGGCCAGCCGCCGCCACCUGGUGUCUUCUCCUUGACUGGACCUCCUCCACUGAUCGCAACCAGUGGAAUGGAGACCCCCAAGCACCAGUCGGCGAUCACGUCGUCGCCUCCCGGCGGACCGCCCGGUGUGAGGUUGCCUCCUCCUCUUCCUCUUCCUCCUCCGCCUCCUCCUUCCUCCUCGUCGGUGUCGCUCCGUCCACAAUAUGUCCAGUCGGAAUAUAAUUACGACCAAGAAGGCUAUAACCCAGAAUCGCCGGGGCUGACCGGAGCCGGUCGUAACCAGUACCGCCAAUUCAUCCCCCGAGUGCAGACGCAGCGUCCCAACCUCAUCGGCCUCACAUCCAGUGAUGGACAAGUAUCCAGACCUGCCAACAUAGUCAUCCAGACGGAGCCUGUGGUGCCAGCAAGCACACCUGGAAGCAACGUGUCCUGUUUUAACUCAGAGCAGCACAACAGAAAGCGACCGAUGGGUUGUAUGAUCAUUGACGGACCCGUGGCUAAAAAACCAUGGAUGCAAAAGCCCAACUUCAACAACAAAGGUGGCUUCCCAAAGAGGAACUUCCACGUGAACACCAAGCUGGAAGUGCGCAAUAUCCCACCCGAGCUCAACACCAUCACGAAGCUCAAUGAGCACUUCAGCAAGUUCGGAACGAUUGUCAACAUUCAGGUGGUGUUUGGCGGCGACCCAGAGGUGGCGUUGAUCCAGUUCACAAGCAACGAAGAAGCCUGUCGGGCCAUGUACUGCGCUGAGGCGGUGCUCAAUAACCGCUUCAUUAACAUGCGCUGGCAUCGCAAGUCCAACAUACCGGGGAUUCACCAAUUAGAUCAGGGCAUGGGGAGCCAAGUGGCCGGAGCGACUCCUAACCUCGUUCCGCAGGCGGUCAAGCAGCACAGUCCUGCCGCUUAUGUGCUGAACAAGCAUCGGUCGCCAGCGCCAGUCGGCAUCCCAACUGCAAGCACGCCUGACAGCUUGAACCCCAUUGCAGAAGCAGUCAAUGUGGCACCGGCUCUGACAAACACCCACAAGGUCCCCUACUCGUCCACGCCACUCAAAACAUCCUCCAAGUGCCUUGGGAAAACUGCAAAAGCGCUGGAAGCGCAAGAAGCCUUGAAGAAGAAGCAGGAGGCGUUAAAACUUCAGCAUGACUUGAGGAAGAAAAAGCAAGAAAUGUUAAAGGAACAGAUUGAGUUUCAGAAGACGCUGAUCAACCGUCUGGAGAAGAACCGGGGGAUGAAACCAGAGGAAAGGGCCGACAUCAUGAAAACAUUGAAGGAGCUGACUGAAAAGAUUGCUCAGCUUCAGAACGAAAUGAUUCCAGCCUCACAGGUCUCCAAAGUUAAUCACAACCAGCCUAAGACGAAGAGCGACGCCCAGAAAGAGUUGCUAGAUGCCGAGUUAGAUUUCCACAAGAAGAUGAGCUCUGGAGAAGACACCACAGAUCUCAAAAGGAAACUAGGACAGCUACAAAAGGAGGCAACACAACUGGGCAUCCUCCGAUCCCCGACGUGUCGAGGCCGCGGCCGAGGGAAGGCGGCCCUGGAAACGGGUGGCGUUCGCACUAGAGGCCGUGGGGGAUCCGUCAACCGCAUGGUGGUGGACCACAGGCCAAGAGCCCUUUCUAUUGUCGGCGUCACUCAGGAGGAGAAGGAGGAACUCACAUCACACUUUGUGAAAUUUGGUGAUCUGGAAGAUCUCCGUGACCAGGACGCCACCAGCGUCAUUAUGACCUUCAAGACUCGGAGUGAAGCAGAGAAUGCAGCCAACCAGGGAGCCAAGUUCAAAGGUCGCGUGUUGCAGAUUUCCUGGUACAAGCCCAAGACGCCCUCUGUUACCACGGAGCCCGAGGAGGAGGAGUCCAAAGAUGACGAUAACACGCAGAAAGAAGGUCGGUCCUAUCUGCCGGGCGAGGAGGAAGAAGAAGAAGAGGACGACGAUGAAGAUGACAAGUACGAAAGCCGAUCUUGGAGACGGUGA